CGGUUGCAGCGCAAAUACGACCAAUCCUGUUUAGUAUGAGGACUGUAAUGGGAGGGCAGGGCUGUAAUCGGACUAGUAGUACGCUAACCGAACCUACUGCUCAGUCGAGCUUCGUCAGUGUCAGGGAUAGUCAGACAGGACAAGCUUAGAACAUCGAGGUACGGUUAUCCGUUUACAGACAGCAAAAACCUCGAGGGAAGCGACUAGCCCGCGCACGUUAUGCCUUUCAGAGACUAGCGCGGUCCGUGUUUUAAGAAAAGCCCUUAACCCUGUACACCAUGGCCGAGGAGGAGCUCAUGUUUCGUAUGGAGGAGGUUGGAAGCCUGAAGAGGUCUGGGUCUUUUGGGAAUAACAGCUCGAUUGAUGAUGAUGAUGAAGACGACUUUUACAUUUGCCCCAUCACCGAUGACCCCAUCCGUCCCGCUAAAGAUAUCUGUGACUACCAUAAGACCAUUGUCCACAACAGACAGCCCUCUAAUUCGUUGCCUAAAAACUCUUUCACCUACAAGAACAAAAACGAAAAAGAGCAAGAGGUGCGAUCGGUGAGGUUUGGUUCUUUAACUGAGAAAGGUCGGGCCACUUGGAAGCAUGCUAUUGAGAAAGCAAGGGCUAUGCCAGACCCCUGGGCUGAAUUCCACUUGGAGGAUGUUAGGACUGAGCCCUGCAUUAGAUACAGAUAUAAUGCCAUUACAGGAGAAUGGUCACAAGACCAAGUAUUCAUCAAGAUGUCUUCUCAGCCCUUUGGAAAAGGAGCCAUGAGAGAGUGCUUUCGAGCAAAGAAAUUGUCAAACUUCUCACAUAGCAGCAACUGGAAGUCAGCGUCAAAUUAUGUGGCUAAGCGUUACAUGGAGACCGUGGACAGAGAUGUUUAUUUUGAAGAUGUCAGGUUACAGAUGGAGGCUAAAUUAUGGGGUGAAGAGUUCAAUCGCCACAGGCCUCCCAAACAGGUUGACAUUAUGCAGAUGUGCAUUGUGGAAAUGACCUCUCGGCCAGGGAAACCUCUGUUCCAUCUGGAACACUAUAUAGAAGGGCAGUACAUCAAGUACAAUUCCAACUCUGGCUUUGUGAGAGACGACAACAUGCGUCUCACACCUCAGGCAUUUAGUCACUUCACGUUUGAGCGUUCAGGACAUCAGUUGAUCGUUGUUGACAUUCAGGGAGUGGGUGACCUUUAUACAGACCCGCAGAUCCACACAGAGAAGGGCACUGACUUCGGUGAUGGCAACUUGGGUGUACGUGGCAUGGCCCUGUUUUUCCACUCUCACCUGUGUAACAAGAUCUGUAAGAGUAUGGGUCUCACUCCAUUCGACCUGUCCCCUGCUGAGACCAAUCAACUGGACUGCACCAACAGACUUCUGCAGUCAGCUAAAACCGUGCUCCGCGGCUGUGAGGAACACUGUGGUUCUCCCAGGGUGCGGACAAUCUCAUCAAGCCGCAUGCCUCCUCUCCUGACCCGCCUCUCCGAGACCUCCUCAGCUGACGAGAACCUCAGCGAUGCAGAAUCCAUCCCCUGCUCCCCAAUGAGCAUGGGCUUCUCUGCAGGCCGCUCUCCCAUGGGCUGGUCAUUCAUGAAUGAAAUGAAUGAAGCAGACAGGAACAACACAGAUCAAAAGGACUCAGAGAAUGGAGGAGACAGUGGUUACCCUAGUGAAAGACGCAGUGAGGGAGACAUGGUCGAACAUAAUGAAAGGGCUCGGCCUUCCUAUAGCAGGCAUUUCUCUGAAUCAGAUGAGGACAGCAUUCGUCGGAAAGCGGUGGUUAAUGCCAGCAGGCCAUCCUUUACUGUAAACAGCCCUGAAUCUCAGACGGUGACGGAGGAAAAGUGGAGUUUCUUUCAUUCAUCCCGAGCCCAUAUUCACCGACCUUCCUGUGUGGCAGUAGAGGUGGAGAGACUGAACUCUCAGUUUCUUGAAAGGAAAAUCGGCAAAUCUGUUCUGGGCAAGGUUCAUCUGGCCAUGGUCCGGUACCAUGAGGCCGGUCGAUUCUGUGAGAAAGAUGCCCAGUGGGACCAGGAUUCUGCUAUGUGUCACCUGGAGAGGGCUGCCAUGUGUGGGGAGUUGGAGGCCAUUGUUGCCCUUGGCCAGUGCUGCCUGCAGCUUCCCCAUCACAUUCUACCUGAGUUAAAUGUAGAGGACAGCGAGGAGAAUAGGAGAAAAGGCUUCCAUCUCCUACUUCAGGCAGCAGAGGCUGGAGACAGACCCAGUAUGAUCUUAGUGGCCAGAGCAUUUGACACUGGUGUCAAUCUCCCACCUGACAGGACUCAGGACUGGGAGGAAGCAGUGCACUGGUAUGACUGCGUCUUGAAUAUGACAGACUAUGAUGAGGGGGGAGAAUUUGAUGGUAUGCAGGACGAACCACGCUACCUCCUUUUGGCCCGAGAGGCUGAGAUGUUCCAAGAAGGUGCUUUUAACUUGACUGCAGAUCCUCAGAGAGCAGGUGACUUGUUUACCGAGGCUGCCGAUGCUGCAAUGGAGGCAAUGAAAGGCAGACUGGCUAAUCAGUACUACAUGAAGGCUGAGGAGGCCUGGUCUGCAAUGGAGGCGUGAACAAACUGAUUUUGUCUCCCAAGACUCUUGACAUCUUGCAUUUAACUUCUUGGGAUGCGUUUACAUGCUUUUACAACAUGUUUUUAAAAGCUGUGAUGUCUUUUUUAGGUAGCUGUUUUUAAAGGAACUGCAGAUUUAAUGUUUUUGUGAACAAUAAUAUUUGUCAUGCCAAUGCAAGUAAAACUGGAAGCAAAAUGAAUGACCACCAUCAAGCAGCAGUACACUUGUUACCUAGCAAUGUCAGUGACCUCAUUGAUGAUGCCCCUUUAUUAUUAUUAUUAGCUAUGCCUAUUGUGGUUUGCUGCAAGAAGUUGGACGCAUUGCCAGAAGCUUUGCGAUAUAAUGGUAUAAUUAGCAGACAUUUUGCACAGCAUUUUACACUUCAGAUUUUUCAUAACCCUUAAGUUCUAGGAUGCAGAGGGGGAGUUUGAGGAAAUUUUGCUAUUAAGAAGGAUAACCAUGCAUUUUAACUAAAUUUAUUUUCUUCAGUUUCAUAUUUGGUUGCUUAUACUGCUAUACUUGUAUAGCUAACAGUAGAAGCAAACAACAUAAUUCAACAAAGGUCUCAGUUGACCAGGUACAGUAAGUAGAUGAAUUAAUCGGUGAAUAAUACCCAUUAAAAGGCAAAAAAAAAAAAAAAAAAUUUCAACAAAAGUGUACUUUUUGAUUAAAACAGCCUAUAUCCCAUCAGUCUGCCAACUAAAUUAUGGGUUUUACAAAGCAAGACACCAUGGCUUCUUAGAUAAUUUGAGGCAAAAUAUGCCCCAAUUAUGCUAUAUUGUCACAUUUAUGACAAGAAUUAACACUUAUAGCAGAAAACGAAAGAUAAAAAAAAUACAAAUCAGUAAAGUGAGUUAUGUAAUGAUAUUGCUGUGUGACCUGCUGGAAUUUAAUCAUCCUUGUGAAUACUUUUCACUUGAUAAGUGGUCAUUAAUUUUGCUCAUUUUACUUUAAAUUGAAGUGAUUUGUCAUUAAAGACAAAUUGGUGAUUUUUGUUCAUGGCACCAAAUGGCUUUACAACAAAAAUGAUACAAAUGUUAACUAAUGGACUUGCUGUGAGUGGGACUUGUGAUUGUGUGCACCUAUGAAUAAAUAUCUGCAGUGGUAUAA